AUGUACAUCAAGGAGAUCUGCUUAGAAGGUUUCAAAUCCUACGCUACCCGAACCGUUGUUCCAGGCUUCGAUCGAUUCUUCAACGCCAUCACUGGUUUGAACGGUUCCGGCAAAUCGAACAUUCUCGAUUCGAUUUGCUUCGUGCUUGGAAUUACCAAUUUGCAGCAGGUUCGUGCUUCGAAUCUUCAGGAACUCGUGUAUAAGCAAGGACAAGCAGGAAUCACUAAGGCUACUGUUUCGAUUGUGUUUGAUAAUUCUGAAAGGAGUAGGAGUCCUCUUGGAUAUGAAGGCCAUUCUGAGAUUACCGUCACUAGACAGAUUGUGGUUGGAGGGAGGAACAAAUAUUUGAUAAAUGGGAAACUUGCACAGCCUAGUCAAGUCCAAAACCUUUUCCAUUCAGUGCAACUAAAUGUUAACAAUCCACAUUUCCUUAUCAUGCAAGGGAGGAUUACUAAGGUUUUAAAUAUGAAACCGCCAGAGAUAUUGUCCAUGCUUGAGGAAGCUGCGGGGACAAGAAUGUACGAGACUAAGAAAGAGGCUGCUCUUAAAACUCUUGAGAAGAAGCAGAGUAAGGUGGAUGAGAUCAACAAGCUUCUUGAUCAGGAGAUACUUCCAGCUUUGGAGAAGUUAAGGAAGGAAAGAACACAGUACAUGCAAUGGGCUAAUUGCAAUGCUGAGUUAGAUAGGCUGAGAAGAUUCUGUAUUGCUUACGAGUAUGUUCAAGCAGAGACUAUUAAAAACAAUGCUAUUUCUGAGGUGGAAAAAGUAAACGCUAAGAUUGCUGAGAUUGAUGACAUGGCUAAGACAACUAUGGUGGAUGUAAAGGAAAUGGAGACUAAAAUAGCUCAGUUGACUGCUGAGAAGGAAGCAAGCAUGGGUGGGGAAAUGAAAUCUUUGUCAGAGAACGUAGACAAGCUUUCCCAAACUCUUGUGAAGGAAACGUCUGUGCUAAACAAUAAAAAAGACACUCUGAAGAGCGAAGAAGUCAACAAAGGAAAAAUUGUUAAAAGUAUUGAAGAAUUGAAGAAAUCUGUAGAAGCGAAGGCCUCUGCCAUUAAAAAGGCCGAAGAAGGAGCAGCUGAUUUGAAAAGUAGGGUUGAGGAGCUCUCAAAGAGCCUAGAAGAGCAUGAAAAGGAAUACCAGGGUGUCUUAGCUGGCAAGAGCAGUGGUAAUGAGGAGAAAUGCUUAGAAGACCAACUAGGCGAUGCCAAGGUAGCAGUUGGGAGUGCUGAAACAGAAUUAAAACAGCUGAAAACCAAAAUUAGCCAUUGUGAAAAGGAACUGAGAGAGAAAACAGAUCAAUUGAAAUCAAAACAGGAUGAGGCUACUAAUGUGAAAAAACAGCUCGAAGAUAAAAAAAAGGAUGUUGAAAACCUCAAAACAAGGUUGGAGUCUCUUCCUUAUAAAGAGGGUGAGAUGGAAGCUUUGCAGAAGGAGCGUGAAUCUGAGAGGGAUAGUGUGCACAAGUUGAAGGCUGAAAUCCGCAAUAUUUCAGUAAACUUAGCUAAUGUUGAUUUUUCAUACCGCGAUCCUGUCAAGAACUUUGAUAGGUCAAAGGUGAAGGGUGUUGUUGCAAAACUCAUCAAAGUGAAAGAUAGCUCCACAAUGACUGCUCUAGAGGUUUCGGCUGGUGGAAAGUUGUACAAUGUUGUAGUUGACACAGAGAGUACUGGAAAGCAGCUACUACAACAUGGCAAUCUUAGAAGAAGAGUGACAAUUAUACCUUUGAAUAAAAUACAAUCCUAUACUGUUCCCUCUAGAGUUCAACAAGCUGCUGUUAGAUUGGUGGGUAAGGAGAAUGCCGAAAUUGCACUUUCUUUGGUUGGUUAUGAAGAAGAAUUGAAGAAUGCAAUGGAAUAUGUCUUUGGCUCAACCUUUGUUUGCAAAACUAUCAGUGCUGCAAAGGAGGUGGCGUUUAGUCGGGAGAUUCACACCACAAGUGUCACUCUUGAAGGAGAUAUAUUUCAGCCCAGUGGUCUUCUGACAGGGGGAAGCCGGAAGGGAAGCGGUGAUCUAUUGAGGCAACUUCAUGCCGUGGCUGAGGCUGAGUCAAAACUUUCAGUGCAUCAAACUAGGUUAUCAGAGAUUGAGGCAAAGAUCACAGAGCUUUUUCCUCUUCAUAGAGAGUAUAAAGACCUCAAAGCAACAUUAGAACUCAAGUCACAUGAUCUUUCAUUGUUUCAGAACAGAGCUGAGCAAAACGAGCAUCACAAGCUUGGAGAAUUAGUGAAGAAGCUUGAGCAAGAACUUUUAGAAGCAAAAUCUGCUGUCAAAGAAAAGGAACUUUUAUAUAAGAACUGUGUCAAAACUGUUUCAUCACUUGAGAAAUCAAUCAAAGAACAUGCCAAUAAUCGAGAAACUAGGCUAAAAGGUUUGGAGAAAAAGAUAAAGUCGAUUAAAUCCCAAAUGCAGUCAUCUUCAAAAGACCUAAAGGUACAUGAUAAUGAAAAGGAAAGGCUUGUAAUGGAAAAAGAAGCUGUUAUCCAGGAGCAAGCUUCCUUGGAGAAUCAAUUAGCAUCACUGAAAACAUUGAUUACUGAUCUUUCCUCAGAAGUUGAAGAACAAAAAUCCAUCGUUGCUGCUGCAAGGAAUAAUCUUGAUGAAGUUCAGUCAGAGCUGAAUGCAGUUCGUCAGAAAAUGAAGCAAUGUGACAAGGAAAUCAGUGCCAUAGUUAAAGAGCAGAAAAAGCUUGAACAUAAGAUUAGUGAGAAUAAUCUUGAAAGGAAGAGAAUGGAAAAUGAGGUAAAACGAUUGGAGACGGAACAGAAGGACUGCUCUUUGAGGGUGGAUAAGUUGAUAGAGAAGCAUGCUUGGAUAGCUUCUGAAAAACAGCAGUUUGGUAAAAGUGGGACUGAUUAUGAUUUUUCUUCCCGCAAUCCUGGUAAAUCAAGGGAAGAACUUGAGAAACUUCAGGCUGAACAAUCUGGGCUUGAGAAAAGGGUGAACAAGAAAGUAAUGGCAAUGUUUGAGAAGGCAGAGGACGAGUAUAAUGACUUGAUGUCAAAGAAAAAUAUAAUUGAGAAUGACAAGUCUAAGAUCAAGAAGGUGAUUGAAGAGCUAGAUGAGAAAAAGAAAGAGACACUAAAUGUUACCUGGGUCAAAGUGAAUACUGACUUUGGAUCCAUAUUUUCUACACUAUUGCCGGGCACAAUGGCUAAGUUAGAACCUCCAGAAGGAUGCAGCUUUCUUGACGGUCUUGAAGUCCGUGUUGCAUUUGGAAGUGUGUGGAAACAGUCAUUGUCCGAACUGAGUGGAGGUCAGCGAUCAUUGCUUGCACUUUCUCUGAUUCUGGCACUGCUUCUUUUUAAACCUGCUCCACUUUACAUCUUAGACGAGGUUGAUGCAGCUCUUGAUUUGAGCCACACACAAAACAUAGGGAAAAUGAUAAAAAAUCACUUUCCACACUCCCAGUUUAUUGUUGUAUCACUAAAGGAAGGCAUGUUCAAUAAUGCAAAUGUUCUUUUCCGAACAAAAUUCGUAGACGGUGUUUCAACGGUUCAGCGAACUGUUGCAAAGCAAAACAAGUGA